AUGUUUUUAGCUAUUUAUGAUGAUAAUUCAUUUACAUGCACUGAAUCUGGAGAAAUGCCAGAUCCAUAUGAUGAAACUGUGUUUUAUAUAUGCCGCAAGAUGCGAGGAUCACCGGGGUACUAUACUACAAGAAUGAUUUGUCCGCCGAAUACGUCUUUUGAUCCAUUAAGAAGAAUAUGUUCAAGUACGCAGAAAAGAAAGAACGAGAUUCGAAGGGAAAAAAUUCGGAAGCGGAGGCAAAGCAUCAAUUUAGAAGAUAUACAAUCCAAAACUAGCGCAUUUGAUACUUUCAGUUGCGCUUCGGAGGGUAGAUUUCCGGACAAAUUGGAUAGAAAUUCAUAUUACUUAUGUUUCAAAAACGCAGGAAAAUUUAACGCUAUGCAUAUGAAGUGUCCCAAUGAACAUUAUUUUAGUGGCUAUGACAAUUCAUGCGUAAAAAUGUCAGAAGUUUCAACAAAUUAUAUAGUGAAAUAA